AUGCAUAAAGAAAGGCCUAUUGAGAUUUUUGCACUGCUGAAAAAUGAUAUUUUUAUGAGUACUUCUCUUGGAGAAAAUAGUUCUAGGGGUAAUGAGUCUGAAAAGGUGAUGGAAGCAAAAGAACAUGAAUCAACAAAUUCAACAUGUUCCAACGCUGUGAAAAGAAAAACUAGAGGUCCUACACGGUGUGUAGAAAUAAUUAAUUUACAAGAGGGACAAAAACUAUCAGUAGAAUUUGAUGAGGAUCAUCAAGCAAUUGUUAGAAGCCGAACUUGUUGCCCUUUAAAGGUAAAUAGUUGGAAAGAGAUUGAGCAAGAUAAGAUCAACCAUAUGUGGGACAUCGUUUUGGAGAAGUUUAAUUUUGAUGUGUCUGAGGGAAGAAAAAGCGCAAUUCUUGGUAAAAUGAGUGACCUCUAUAGAGACUAUAGGUACAAGUUGAAGAAGAAGUAUUUUGAUUCAAAAGCAGGUUACCAACUUCGCCUACGCAACAAGCCUAAACUUGUUGCCGCAGAUGAAUGGAAAUAUUUGGUCAAUCUUUGGAGUGAUGCCGACUUUCAGAAGAAGAGUACGCAGAACAAGGCAAAUAGAUCAAAACGUUCCUUGCCACCAUAUAUUGUGACCAAAAGUUAUGCAAGACUAAGAUACGAAAUGGAGCAAAAAAAUGGAAAACCUCCUUCCCGUGUUGAAGUUUUUAUGGAAUCUCGCAAGAGAAAAAAAGGAAAACAAGUUGAUGCUUUUCAACAAGAUGUUAUUGUUCAAUUCGACCAAUUUAAAAAGCAGCAAAAAGAAGGAGAAAUUUCUUUAAAUGAUGAUGAUAUCUUCGAAAAAGUUCUUGGGGCUGAAAAAAAUGGAUAUCUUCGUGCAUAUGGACCCGGAAAAAAUAUCAGUGAAUAUUUUGGUGGUAGACCAACAAAAGUACAGCUUAUAAAGCAACUAGAAUUGACCAGAAAAGAAGCAAAUGAGCGUGUGGAAGAAGUUAAAAGGGAAGCUAAGGAACAAAUUAAAGAAAUCAAGAAAGAUAUGAAUGAACAACUAGCACAGAUGAGUACACAAUGGGAAGAAAAAUUACGAAUGAUACUUGCAGCACAAGGUCUACAACAAAAUGAUGCAAUCUAA